UAUAACUAUAUUUGUUUAAUUUAUAAGAGUUUAUGAUGUGUUAAAAGUAAUAUUUGUUAAAGUGUUGCUUAUAAAUAAUUAUAUAAUUAAAAAUUACAUGAAUUGAAAACUCUAACCUAAUCUCUCACCUAACUUGAAUGUGCACGAGGCAAUGGCUCAAGCUCGCCGGCAUUCUUCUCCUUUCACGUUAUAUAGGCAAGGUUUAUUUGAUGCUGCAAAUGUAAAAAAUAUGUCGUAUGACUUCAUUUAUCAUAACUUCAUUUGAAUAUUUGUAGCUUUUAAUGGAUCCUACAGGUUAUAGAUUGCUAUCCUUGUUUGCUGUGUGUAAAUAUAAUGUAGUGAAUAUUUUAUAUAUAUAUAAAAUAUUGUGUGUGUGUUUAUAUGUGUGUAAUCUUACAAGUAUAAUGCGUUUGAAGAAAAAGUAAUUAUAUAGAAAAAGCUUUUCGACUUUUUUCAUUUUAUAAAAAAAAGUAGAAUUCUAUGUAAUUUUUACAAUAUAACUAUAUAUAAAGGAUCGCAUGUUGUUUUCGGGAUUUAUAACUUUGAGGUAUCGGAAUUAUAUGUUGAAAUAUAUUUGCAAUGAAAACGCGCGGUUUCCGUUAUCUAAUUAAUUUAAAUCGUGAUACUCCUAACCUAACAUAACCCAACCCAACCUGUAUUAACAUGAUAUCAAUAUAUAUUAUCAGAAGUUGUUUAUUUCUAUAAUCAUACAUCAUAUUAUCCUAGGACAUCUUGUUGUGUAAAGUAGUUUUUCUGAAUAAAUAGUUUCUCUAAUAUAAUUAUAUAUAGAUAAAAGCUGUAAUGCAAAAUGGUCAAAGCUAAGAAGAACUUAUCUGAAUUUGCACAGCAAAAGCGUGCAUGGAAGGAUAAAAAACAGUUGAAUCCAUUUGAAAUACAUAUUAAUAGAGAAAAACAGAAGGUACUUGGCCGAAAGAACAAAAAUGAUCGUGGGCUUCCAGGCAUUUCAAGGGCAAAGGCUAUCAACAAACGUAAACAGAGUCUUCUUCAGGAGUAUAAGAUGCAAAAUAAGGACAAUGUUUUCUUAGACAAACGUAUAGGUGAAAGAGAUUCUGCUAUGAGUGUGGAAGACAAAGCAAUGGCAAGAUUUGCCAGACAACUCAAAAAAAUGCAUAAGAAAAAUAUGUAUAAUUUAAAUGACGAUGAGAUACUAACCCACAGAGGCCACACACUUGAAGAGAUUGAGAAAUUUGACGAUCCCAGAAGCGAAGAUGAGUUUAGCGAUGAGGAGAAUAGUGGCAAGUUGGAUAAAAACUUUGUAGAUGGAGCUCAUUUUGGAGGAGGGCUACUGUCGAAACCAGAAACCACUUCAUCUAGGAAAGAUCUGAUCGACCAGCUUAUUGCAGAAUCAAAGAAACGUAAGGCUGAAAAGCAGAAAAUACGUGAACAAACGAUAGAUCUAACAGAGAAACUCGACUCCGAGUGGAGAGACCUUUUACCUCUCAUGUCUGCCUCGAAGAAGACCGACGAGGACGCGACUGAAACGACAAAAGCUGAUGCUUACGACAUAACUGUGCGGAAAUUGAAAUUCGAAGUUAGGGGUAAUCCAUCGGAUAAAUUAAAGUCGGAGGAAGAGAUCAUUCAGGAAGAAAAAGAGAGAUUAGAGGCACUUGAAGCAGACAGAUUAGCAAGAAUGAAGGGAUGUAUGUCUGAGACAAAUAAUAAAUCUAAGCAUAGAUCUGCCGAUGAUCUCGACGAUGGAUAUUUAAUAGAGACUAUUGCUGAAGAUACUGACGACAAAAUUGACGAUAACACAAUGACCAAUAAUAGCAAAGAUAGCGAUAGCCAUCAAGACGAAAUAUCUUCAAACUCGUCCAAUGCUGAAGAUAGAUCUGAUCCAGAAUCGAAUAGCGAAAAUAUAGGAGACGAAGAUUCUGAAGAUAAUUUCUCAGAUCUGGAAGAGUCUGAAUCGUCUAGCGAGGAUGAAAACAAAGCAGUUAAAAAGCAUGUUAUGUUUUCAAAUGGCCUCACGGAAGAAACCAAGCAGACGAAACAGCAUGAAGUGAUUUACCCGAAGCCAAUAUUGAAACAGAAUAAAACGGACAUACAGAAUUCAUCGAGCAAAGAUAAACAACAGGAGAUUAUAAAUGAUCUUUUAAAACGAAAGGAAGUUAUGGAGAAGACGCGAGAAGAACUUCCUUACGCGUACAGUGUUCCAGAGAGCUUCGAGGAAUUAAAAGAAUUGUUAGAGACUCAAACUUCGGAGUAUCAAUCGAUCAUCGUAGAUCGUAUUCUAAAGUGCAAUCAUUGGACGUUAGAAACAAAAAACAAAGAAAAAUUAUCAAAAUUAUUUGUGUAUUUAUUACAAUAUAUUCAUGAUUGUGCUUCUCCAGAUAAUGCUGACGAUCUGGUCAGGUGUUUCCAAAUUUUUGACAGAUUGUGUCCUUAUCUUUACGAUCUAACACAUAUGAACCCUGAAAAUGCCAAAAUUUGCAUUCAGGAUAUAAUCAGGGAAAAACAUGAUGAAUUUGAAGCAAAUAAACGGAAAUAUCCUGACAUGGAUACGCUUAUAUUCUUUAAACUGGUAUCCUUACUGUUUCCAACGUCUGACUUUAGACAUCCUGUUGUUACUCCCUGUUUGGUAUUUAUGUCACAAAUAUUACUCAGAAGCCGUAUUAAAACUCGAAGUGAUGUCGCAAGAGGUCUUUUUAUAUGCACACUGAUCUUGGAGUAUGCAGCAUUUAGCAAACGAUUUCUACCAUCCGCCAUAAACUUUUUACGAGGGAUUGUAUACACAGCCACAUCCGAUAUAUCAGUACAGAAAAUGAAAAUUAUACCGCCUUUUAAAGCAGGACGUAAUUUUCUAGUACUUGAUGAAAAAUUGACUGACAUGGACAUUGAUCCAAAUGGUGCACAUAUGAUGGCAAGUGAUUUAAUACUUGAAGAAAUGGACAAUGGGUUCAAAAUAAGAGCUCUACUCACCGCUGUAAAUCUGAUAAAAGAAUUUAAAAACCAAUUACAAGAAUUAGAAGCAGUAUAUUCGAUAUUUGAACCAAUACAUCAAUUAUUGAAAGUUAAUAAGUUCAAAACCUAUCCAUUAAAUCUGAAAAAGCACAUAAAAACGCUUCGUAAGGAAAUUGAAGUUUUACAAAACGCAAAGUUGAAGUAUAUAGUACUUGAAAAGAAACUGCCAAAACCUUUAAGGCAAUAUGAACCAAAGAUAAUGACAGUAUAUGAUUGUAAACAACAUAGGCCCAUGUCCAAGGAGAAGGCAGAAAGAGAAAAGCUAUUGCAUAAAUAUAAGAAGGAAAUGAAGGGUGCCAUGCGCGAGAUCAGAAGAGACAAUUCCUUCUUGGCUAAAGUGCGGAUUUCGCAACAAAUUAAGAGCAACGCUGAAUCUAAGCGUAAAGUCAAAGAAAUUUUCGGUGAGAUUGCGAUGCAACAGAGCGAACUAAAGAAGAUGAGGAAGAAAUAGUGAAGAAUGAAGAAAUGUACAAUUAUAGAAUUGCAGUAUAAACAUCAUUCUUCUCUUCCUUUUUUUUUAAAUAGUACUCUAGAAAAAGAGAGAACUGUAUUUUUGUUUAUUUUUCAAAUUCAUCAUGCUUUUAUAUACAAAUUUUACAAAUCCAUUUUCUGGAUUCAUAUGUGCUAGAUUAUAUAAAAAUAAAGACACAAUCUAGAAAAAAAAAUUAAAGGUAUAAUUAUUACACUGAUAUAUUUGUAACAUAUUUUACAGAUAUUUAUACCAACUAGUGUAAUGCGCACAGUAUGUAUAUUAUGUAUAUAUAUUAUGUAUGUAAAUAUGUAAUAUAGUAAUUUUAAAAUACAUUUUUAAGUAUACAUAA